AUGGAUGUUGAAGCAAGACGUGAAGCAAGGCGCAGAAGAAUAUUAGAGAAUUCAGAAGUUAGACUUAAAAGAAUUACUUCCAUAAGUUCUAACCAAACCCAAAGUAUAUUAAAUGAACAAUCAGAAUUUAUAAAAGACAAAAUAUCAGAGAACUGUACACAGAAUUCUGAAUUGCUCUAUUCUCCUGUUCCAAAAUGUCUUAUAGAAAAUGUGAUACCAACAAUUCUUGAGAACCAACAAGAUUUUAACUAUGAACAAAAUAAUUUCAAUCCUCAAUUACAUUCCAAAGAUAUUAAACAUGAAAUUAAAUUACCAUCUAUUACAACCUUACACAUUGUAUUAUCUCAAUUUGUUUUAGUAUUAUUUUACUAUGACUUAGGAUUUUUAUUUGGCAAUUCAAUAGUAGUGCCAUUUCUGCUCAGUGCAAUACCUGAAUUAUAUACGUCAAAAGAGCAACAUGAUAAUAUACACAUAAUUGUGUUAUUAAUGAUGGGGUUUUCUCAGAAUUUGGCAAGAAAAAUAUCUAGAUAUUUAAAAUUGGCAAGCUUAACGGGAAAAAGAUUUUGUGUAUAUAUUUUUUGUUUUACCUGUUCAUAUGCAAUAUUAACUAAUCUAUAUUUUGAUGUUCAACAUAAUAGUACCAUACAAUAA